AUGGAAAAUGAAGAAAAAAGAGAAUAUUUAGCAAAAAGUAGAAGUAAUUCAAGGAAUUUUUUAAAUGAUUCAAUUGAAUCAAAAAAUAUAUUUGGAGUUGAUAAGAAAUCAGAACCAAAUUUAAAACAAUCUAUUGACGGUGGAUUGAAUUUCUCAACGACAAGUAGUUAUAAUCCAUCAAAUUUACCAAGAACAUCUGUAUUUGUAUCAGCAAGAAAUUUAUCGUCAACAGUUGGCCAUGGUAAAAAUGAAAAGAAAAUUUUAACAGAUUUAAACUUUUUUUUAAAACCUGGAUCAAUGGUUUUAUUAUUAGGUUCUCCAGGUUGUGGUAAAACUUCAUUAAUGAACACAUUGGCAUUAUUAACUUCAAAUGAAAAAAUAACUGGAAAUUUAUUAUUUAAUGGUAAAACUGGUGAUCCCAAUACUCAUCAUAGACAUGUUAGUUAUGUUGUACAAGAUGAUUUUCAUAUGGCACCACUCACCGUAAGAGAUACUUUUAAAUUUUCAGCCGAUUGUCAAAGUGGGGAUAAAUCUGAAAAAGAAAGAAUUGAAAUUGUUGAUAAUGUAUUGGAUUUUUUAGACUUGAAACAUGUACAAAAUACUGUUGUUGGUGAUGAAUUUCUACGUGGUAUUUCUGGUGGUCAAAAGAAAAGAGUUACCAUUGGUGUUGAAUUAGUAAAGGAAUCAAAUUUAUUAUUAAUGGAUGAACCAACAAAUGGUUUAGAUUCUUCAAUAAGUUUAGAGAUGUUAACAAAAAUUAAAAAUAAAGUUCAACAAGAGAAAAUGUCAUGUUUAAUAUCAUUAUUACAACCUGGAUUAGAAAUUACAAAAUUAUUUGAUUAUUUAAUGAUUAUGAAUCAAGGUCAAAUGUCAUAUUUUGGACCAAUGAAUCAAGCAAUUGGAUAUUUUGAAGGGUUAGGAUUUAAAUUUCCAAAACAUCAUAAUCCAGCAGAAUUUUUUCAAGAGAUUGUUGAUGAACCAGAAUUAUAUUGUGGUAUAGAUGAUGGUAGUAGUGAUGGUGGUAGUGGUGAUAGUGGUAGUAGUAGUGGUGGUAGUAAUUAUAAUUAUAAUUUUAAAAACAAAGCCUCAUCAACGAUGAUGAUGAUGAAUAAUAAUAAUAAAAUUAUACCACCUUUAAAAGGAUCAGAUGAAUUUGCAAUGGCAUAUAGAAAAUCAAUAAUUUAUAAACAUAUUUUAGAAUAUAUUGAUAGUCAUAUACCAGAUGAAGAAGAAAGAAGUAAAUUUAUAGAUUAUUCAACAACAUUAAAGCCAUAUUCAACUGGAUUUGGUAGACAAUUAUCAUUGAAUGUUAAAAGAGGAUUUAAACUAUUUCUUGGUAACAAAGCAUCAAUACGUCUUAGACUAUUAAAGAAUGUUAUAAUUGGGUUUAUUUUGGGUACAUUGUAUUGGAAAUUGGAUACAACCCAAGCCGAUGGUUCAAAUAGGUCAGGCUUAUUAUUCUUUUCAUUGUUAACAUUUGUAUUUGGUGGAUUUGGUUCGAUAUCUGUAUUUUUCGAUCAACGUCAAGUAUUUUAUAGUGAACGUGCAUGGAAAUAUUAUAAUACAAUCACCUACUUUCUAAGUAUGAUUGUCACUGAUUUACCAAUGUCAAUCGUUGAGGUAUUGAUAUUUUCAAAUUUCGUUUAUUGGAUGACAGGUUUAAAUAAGACAUGGGAUAGAUUUAUUUACUUUUUCUUAACAUGUUUAGUUUGCGAUGUUAUGUCAUUAUCAAUUAUUAGAAGUGUUUGUUCAUUCACUAAAACCAAAUAUGCUGCAUCUGCAAUUUCACCAGCUGUUGUAUCACCAUUCAUUCUAAUGUGUGGCUAUAUGAAACAUUCCAAUGAAAUACCAGGUUGGUGGAUUUGGCUCUAUUGGAUUUCACCAAUUCAUUAUGGUUUCGAAGGUUUACUAUUAAAUGAACAUAGUGGUUUAGAUUAUCAUUGCUCACCCGAUGAAUUAAUGCCACCAUCAUUUUUACCAACUUUUAAUACCUCCUAUCCGGUAGGGUUUGAAGGUAAUCAAGUUUGUCCAAUUACAAAAGGUGAACAAAUUUUAGAUUCAAUUGGUUUUCAUACUGAAUUCUAUUAUAGAUGGGUUGAUUUAGCAAUUAUUUCAGCUUUCACUCUAUUAUUUUGGUUAAUUACCUUGGUUUGUAUGAAAUUUUUAGUAUUUAGAGUUUAUCGUAAAGAUCCAGUUGGUAUUAAAAAAUCAAAACCAAAUAAAACUACAACGCUAAUAAAAAUGAAUAGAAAUUCAACCGAUAGUACAACAACAAAUAAUAGUAUGAAUUAUUUUAAUAAUAAACAUAAUAAAAAACAAAAUGAUGAUUCAGAUUCUGGUGAAGAAAUGGAAUCAGUUGAUGUUGAUGUUAAAUCAAGUGGUAAAGCAAAUUUAAGGAAAGAUAUUCCAAUUGGUUGUUAUAUGCAAUGGAAAGAUUUAGUUUAUGAAGUUGAUGUAAAGAAAGAUGGUAAAAAUCAACGUUUAAGACUAUUGAAUGGUAUUAAUGGUUAUGUUAAACCAGGUAUGUUGGUUGCAUUAAUGGGUCCAUCAGGUGCUGGUAAAUCAACAUUAUUAGAUGUUUUAGCUAAUAGAAAAACAGGUGGUCAUACUAAAGGUCAAAUUUUAAUCAAUGGUCAAGAAAGAACUAAAUAUUUCACUCGUACUUCCGCAUAUGUUGAACAAAUGGAUAUUUUAACACCAGUGUCAACGGUUAGAGAAGUGAUUUUAUUCUCUGCUAAAAAUAGAUUACCAAAUUCAGUACCAAUUCAAGAAAAGGAAGAAUUUGUUGAUAAUAUUUUGGAGACUUUAAAUUUAUUAAAGAUUCAACAUUCAUUAAUUGGUGAUGUUGAAAGUGGUUUAUCACUAUCACAACGUAAACGUGUUAAUAUGGGUAUUGAAUUAGCAUCGGACCCACAAUUACUCUUCCUUGAUGAACCAACAUCUGGUUUGGAUUCAUCUGCUGCCUUGAAGGUAAUGAAUUUAAUUAAAAAGAUUGCAUCAAGUGGUCGUUCAGUUAUUUGUACAAUUCAUCAACCAUCAACUACAAUCUUUAAAAAGUUUGAUCAUCUUUUACUCUUAAAGAGAGGUGGUGAAACUGUUUACUUUGGUCCAACUGGUACAAAUUCAAAAAUUGUUUUAAAUUAUUUUGCAGAAAGAGGUUUAAUUUGUGAUCCAUUCAAAAAUCCUGCAGAUUUCAUUUUGGAUGUAACUGAAGAUAUUAUUGAAAUUAUACAACCACCACAAACCUUACCAACUUCAACUUCUAAUGAAAAUAAUAAUAAUAAUAAUAAUAAUAAUAAUAAUAAUAAUAAUAAUAAUAAUAAUAAUAAUAAUAAUAAUAAUAAUAAUAAUAAUGGUAAUACAAGUGAUACUUUAAAUAAUAAUAAUAAAAAAAAUUUAGAAUCAUCAUUAUCAUCAUCAUCAAUAUCAUUUGAUCCAGUUGAAUCAUUUAAAGAAUCAAAAGAAAAUCAAAAACUAUUAUCAAUUGUUGAGAAUAGUAUUAUGCCAGUUGGUACACCAGUGGCAGUUUAUCAUGGUAAAUAUAGUAGUACAAUUAAAACUCAAUUUAUAGAGUUAUUGAAAAGGUCAUGGAAAGGUGGUAUUCGUAGAGUUGAUACAAUUAGAACUCGUGUUGGUAGAUCAUUUGUAUUGGGUUUGGUUAUUGGUACAUUGUUUUUACGUUUGGAUAAAGAACAAAACGAUGUUUUCAAUCGUAUUUCAUUUUUAUUCUUUAGUUUAAUGUUUGGUGGUAUGGCAGGUUUAUCAAUUAUUCCAACCGUUUCAACUGAACGUGGUGUAUUCUAUCGUGAACAAGCUUCGGGGAUGUAUAGAGUUUGGAUCUAUUAUCUAACAUUUGUAUUAUCGGAUCUACCAUUUGUAAUCAUCACUUCCUACGCCUACGUCAUACCAGUUUACUUUUUAACUGGACUUUCAUUAUCAAAUCAUGGUUGGGAUUUCUUUUACCAUUCAUUCAUUUCAGUCAUGCUUUAUUUAAAUUUCGGUUUAACAUCUAUUGCAUUUGCAACAUCAUUACCAGUUGAAGAAAUGGCUUUCCUAUUGAAUGGUGUUCUCUUAUCGGUGACAUCUCUUUUCGCUGGUUUUAUGAUCCCCCCACCAUCGAUGCCAGCCGCUUGGAAAUGGGCUUUCUAUUUGGAUUUCAUCUCUUAUCCAUUGAAAGCUUUCCUCAUUACUGAAUUCAAAGAUAUGGAAUUCGUUUGUACCGAUAAUAAAGGUGCAAUUCCAAUACCAAUUCCAUCUCAAAAUACUACUAAAUUCUUUUGUCCGAUCACUCAUGGUACUCAAGUAUUAGAUAGAAUUGAUUAUAAAAUAUCUUUCCAAUAUUGGGAUAUCUUAAUUAUGGCCUCAUUCACUUUUGCACUUUUAGUUGGUGGUUAUUUAUCAUUAAAAUUUAUUAGAUAUCAAAAUAAAUAA